CACCGCCUGGGCACAGGACGGCCUGGGAACGGCUCCAUCCCCACCCCUCAGACAUAAAUAGGCCUCGGUGGCCAGUAGCCCGGCCAGGAAAGAGGCCACCCUUGUCUCAGACGAGAGCUUAAGGGUCGCAAGAGUGAACCCCAUCGGAGAUGGCUCCUGCUGGCCUGAGCCUCGGCGCCGCUGUCCUUGGCCUCUUGGCCUGGGCCAGCCUGGCCGCCGGGGACCGGGUUUAUAUACACCCCUUCCACCUCCUCGUCUACAGCAAGAGCAGCUGUGAGCAGCUGGAGAAAACUGGGGCAGAGACGCCCACAGACCUGACGUUCGCGCCUGUCCCCAUUCAGGCCAAGUCGUCCCCCGUGGACGAGGAGGCCCUGCGGGAAGCGCUGGUUCAAGCCACCGAGGGGCUGGAGGCCGAGGACCGGCUGAGGGCUGUGAAAGUGGGGAUGCUGCUCAAUUUCAUGGGCUUCCACAUGUACAAGACGCUGAGCGCCACAUGGAGCGCAGCCGGCGGGGCUGUGUUCUCCCCGGUGGCUCUCUUUGGCACCCUGACCUCCUUCUACCUGGGCGCCUCGGACCCCACGGCCAGAAGACUACAGGCCUUCCUGGGCGUCCCUGGGGAGGAUCAGGGCUGCACCUCCCGGCUGGACGGUCACAAGGUCCUGUCUGCCCUGCAGACCAUCCAGGGCCUUCUGGUCACCCACGGUAGGGCCGGCAGCCAGGCCAGGCUGCUCCUAUCCACAGUGGUCGGCCUGUUCACGGUCCCCGGGCUGCGCCUGAAGCAGCGGUUCGUGCAGGACCUGGCUCCCUUCGCCCCUGUCACCCUCCCACGCUCCCUAGACCUGUCCUCGGACCCAGAUCUCGCUGCUGAGAAGAUCAACAGGUUCAUGCAGGCGGUGACAGGGUGGAAGAUGGGCACGCCGCUGACAGGGGUCAGCCCAGACAGCACCCUACUCCUCAAUACCUACGUGCACUUCCAAGGAAAGGUGAAGGGCUUCUCCCUGCUGCCGGGGCUCCAGGAGUUCCGGGUGGACAACACCACCUCAGUGUCGGUUCCCAUGCUCUCGGGCACUGGUACCUUCCACUACUGGAGCGACGACCAGAACAACCUCUCAGUGAUCCGCGUGCCCCUCAGCGCCCAUGCCAGCCUGCUGCUUAUCCAGCCACACACCUUCGACCUGCACAAGGUUGAGGCCCUCACCUUCCAGCACAACUUCCUGACCUGGAUCAAGAACCUGUCUCCCCGGGCCAUCCGCCUGACAAUGCCCCAGCUGACACUGCAAGGGUCCUAUGACCUGCAGGACCUGCUGGCCCAGACCAAGCUGCCCACGCUGCUAGGUGCUGAGGCAAACCUGCGCAAAAUCAGUGAUGAUGACCUCAGGGUUGGAAAGGUGCUGAACAGCGUCCUUUUUGAGCUCAAAGCAGACGAGGGAGAGCAGCCCACGGAGUCCGCCCUGCAGCCGGCCGGGCCCGAGGCCUUGGAGGUGACGCUGAACAGCCCAUUCCUGUUGGCCGUCUUGGAGCGAGAAUCGGCUGCCCUGACCUUCCUGGGCCGUGUGGCCAACCCCAUAAGUGCCGCCUGAGGCCUGGCCCUGGCACCACCAGGGCCACCGGCGUGCCACCACCAGUCACCACCCAUCUCCAUUCUCUUCCAUGGAGUCUGCCUAGAGCCAAGAGCGGCGCUGCUCUGAGAACCAUGCUAUGUACAAAGGGUGGCAGCUCGGGGCAGGUGCUGGGCAGAGCCGAGUCUGGCACAGACCCCAUUCCCCAAAGAGCUUGAACACACCGGCUUAUUGGUGAAACCUGAAACACAUUCCCUUUUCACUGAGAACAGGCAUUGGGCUUUAAAACAAAAACCAUUUUUUUUCAUUGCCCCAUACUCACCUUUGGCUUAUUGAGUAUGGCAACCUGCAGGAAACCACAGUGCCUUCCUUUCUCUAAAUUUCUUGGUAUUUCUUUCCCCUGAUACUUGUGGUUUUUGAAAAACACAUCAUGAAAACACAAGCCUGUGAAUGUAUGUUAGACUGUAAUCCUGCGGCUGGUUAUCCCUGUGUUAUUAAUAAAUGUCUUGCAACAAUAAACAAAAAGGAAACACUCUUUCACUUGGCAGUUGCAGGACAAACAUGCGGAGGUCACUGACAGGCUGUACCCACAAAAGGGCUUUUGGGAGUUGGAGCCGUGUUUGGAUGGGGUUUCCAUGGAAGCACAGCCUGUUUUCAGCUUCGCAGGGAGAAGCUCUGGGUGAUGGUGACCAGCUGGGAAGGACGGGGGCGGGGACAGCUGGCAUUUCCUCAUCCUGCCCAGACACCUUGGACUGCUGCUCACACUGUGCCUGGGAGCGGAAGACGGAGAAGGAAAUCUUCCCCUCUCAGUGGGAUUAGACCUGCACCUUCUAAAUCUCAGGCAGAGCCUGAGACGGCGGUGGCCCUGGCAGGUCUGUGCUUCUCGCCCAUGAAAUGCAGAGUCAGUACCUCCUCUCCCUCUCAUAAAUACUGAAAAGACCAAGCAGGCUUGAGAAAGGAGACAAAUGGGCUCCAGGCUAGACAUCUACAACCAGCCUCCCGUUUAUACUUCAAGGGAGAAAUAACAGCAACAGGGUAAAUAGCGGACUUUGCCUCCUGUGGAUUAAGACACUGGUAAUGGCUGGGGCAGAGAGCGGCUAAGUCCUGCUUGAGUAAAAGACCAAGAGGUCACAUAUUUCUCAUCCUUGGGGUCAGGGAGACCCUGACUGUACAUGUGCAGAGAGACUCUUUGGGGUCAAAAAGGGAGGGGUGCUACCCCAUAACAGGUGUUGUCAAUCUUCCCAAAACCCCCCAGGCUGGAAUCCACCUUUGCUAAAAGAUGUGCACACAUACCAGGUAGGGCCCUGGGUUUGAACAGGUAUGAGAAACACAGCAAGGUAACUGGCCAGAGGAAAACAAAGACCCUGAACAACUGCCCCAUAUAAGUGAUUAAAUUACCCCUUGGAAGGCUCCCCACCAGCAGGCGCAUCCAUCCACACUCUGUUCUGUUUCUCUUCUAAACUGCUUCCCAUCGUGCUCUUCCACGUGUGCUGUGCUUGUAGUAAUAAACUCUAUGCCUGUUUUUACA